UGUCUGUGACUGUCAGUGGUUGCUAGGCUCAAGCGCCCUUGGUAACUGUUUUGGCUUCUGUUUUUACCCACAAUCCCAUUGGGUGGGCAACUGGAUCACUGUUGCUUCUGACAUCGCAUAUGUUAUCUGAUAUCUACGGUCGAGAAUGGAUAAAGACCAGCGCAACAGCGUUGCUUUUAAUGCAUCGAAAAGAGAACUAUUUACCGCUAAUGCAGGAUACAAAUCUCUUCAGAAGAGACUUCGGGUACAGUGGAAGAUACAGAGUAUAAAAGAUGAGCUUACCCAAGAGAAACUGAUGGGCACUAAGCUAUGGAUCACUGCGGGACCAAGAGAGAAGUUCACUGGAUCUGAGUUUGAAGUCCUCAAGCAGUAUCUGGAUGGCGGUGGGAAUAUCCUUGUGAUGUUGGGAGAAGGAGGGGAAACCAGAUAUGACACCAACAUCAACUUUCUCCUAGAGGAGUUCGGCAUCAUGGUUAACAAUGAUGCUGUGGUGAGGAAUGUUUAUUACAAAUAUUUUCACCCCAAAGAAGCAUUAGUUUCCAAUGGUGUUUUAAACAGAGAGAUCAGUAGAGCUGCUGGCAAAGCUGUUACAGGCGUUGUUGAUGACGAAAGUGCUGGAAACAAUGCACAGGCCCUUACCUUCGUCUACCCAUAUGGAGCCACACUGAGUGUAAUGAAACCUGCUGCGGCUGUGCUUUCCACUGGCUCUGUCUGCUUCCCCCUCAACCGACCUGUUCUGGCGUUCUACAGACCCAAGAAUGGAGGAAAACUGGCAGUGUUGGGCUCCUGUCACAUGUUCUGUGACCAGUACCUUGACAAGGAGGAGAACAAUAAAAUAAUGGAUGUUGUGUUCCAGUGGUUGAUGACAGAUAAUAUUCACCUGAACCAGAUAGAUGCAGAGGACCCAGAGAUCACAGACUACACCAUGUUACCCGACACAGGCUGUCUGUCUGAGAGACUACGGGUGUGCCUUCAGGAGGGAGACGAAAACCCACGUGACUUCACUUCCCUGUUUGACAUGUCACUGAUGAAGCUAUCAACAGACACCCUGCCUCGCGUCAUCAGUUCCUACAAGCAGCUCCAUGUGAAACAUGAGCAACUCCAGCUGAUUCAGCCUCAGUUUGAAACACCCCUGCCUGCUCUUCAACCAGCAGUCUUUCAGCCGGCCUUCAGAGACCUUCCACCUCCCAUGCUUGACCUUUUUGACCUUGACGAGACGUUUUCUUCUGAGAAAGUGAGACUGGCUCAGCUCUCAAACAAAUGCACAGACGACGAUCUGGAAUUUUAUGUGCGCAAGUGUGGGGACAUCCUUGGUGUGACUGGAAAGCUGGAUAAGGAUCACAGAGAUGCAAAGCACAUACUUGAGCACAUUUUCUUCCAGGUGGUGGAGUUCAAGAAACUCAAUCAGGAGCAUGAUAUCGACGCUACAGAUGUGAGAUUUUCGCCGCUCUGAUGGCUCAGAGGUUAUCUGAAAACUGUGGACAAGGCUUAGAGGGGCGAAUGUGUACACUCGUCUGUCCAAACCAAACGCCAUUUCCCUCAGCUGUUUUUGGCUGGUAAAGUCUGUAUAUAGCAAAAACCAAAACCAUAUUUUCAUGUACAUUUCAAAUGUUUUUUGAUCAGCAUGACAUGUAGAGAAACAUGCAGCAAGUCAAGACCCUUUUUCUACUUUUGCUACUCUGUUUACUACUUUUUUCAAUGUUGAAAUCCUAUUUAAUAAAAUAAUAUUACAUGUAUAAAUUGUAUGCAAAUAAAAGUUCAUACCAAUACA